UUUAUAACACUUCGUAUGAUUAAUUAUAACGCGCUUGUUGCUAUGCUGUGUAAAAAUAGUGUAAUUUCUGCUGUAGCAGCUUGUACUUUAUUAUAAAUGGCGUAUUUGAAAAAAAACCCAGAAGCGCAAAAAGACCUUCAGGUCAGUGUGAGUAGUCAAGACCAGUGGGAAGAACUUCUUCAAAAAGAUGGCCUCAUUGUUGUCGAUGCCUAUGCUGCAUGGUGUGGACCAUGUAAAGCUAUUGUGAGCACAUUGAAACGAAUAAAAAAUGAACUAGGAGAUGAUCUGCUACAUUUUGCUACAGCAGAAACAGACCAGAUUGAUUCACUCUCUCUAUAUAGAGGAAAAUCUCAACCUACUUUUCUUUUUUACUCUAAUGGAGUUCUUGUUUAUGUGAUCCGCGGCUGCAAUUGUCCCUUCAUGAUUAAGACCAUUACAACCCAACUGGAAAGGGAGCACAAAAUUCUGGAAGGGAAGGCAGAGCGUUCAGAGUAUAUUGAUGAAGUUGUUGGUGCUAAGCCCAAGGAAGAUGAAAAACUUACAAAGGAGGAGGGUGAAGAAGAUGAAGAAAUAGAAGUUCGGAAGGAGGUGUCAUUGGCUAUUAUUAAACCAGAUGCAGUGAAAGCAGGUCUUGUUGAGGAUAUUAUUGAGAAGGUGAAAUCAGAAGGAAUGGAGAUAUUACGACAGGAAGAGAGAACACUGACGAGAGAGGAGGCAGCCGAGUUUUAUAAACAACAUGAAGGAUCUGAACACUUUGAGAACCUUGUGGAGUUUAUGAGCAGUGGUCCAUGUAUGACAUUGAUCAUCAGUAAGGAGGGAGCAGGCGAGGGAAUUAUUCCACAAUUCAGAGAUCUCAUUGGUCCAAAAGAUGUGAAUAUUGCAAAAGAAGAGGCCCCAAAUAGUAUUCGUGCUGUGUACGGAACCAGUUCAGUGAUGAAUGCAAUCCAUGCUUGUGAUACCUCUGAAAGUGCUGCAAGGGAAUUGGCGUUCUUCUUCCCCGACUUUGUCUCGCCGACCGUUAAAACUAAAAAAGUCGCAAAGGAAAGCAGUCACCGGACGCUGGCUCUGAUACGACCUGAUGCAUUACGUCAUCAUAAAGAUGAGAUUCUGGAGAAGAUCAAGGAAUCAGGAUUCUCCAUUGCAAUGGCAAAAGAAGUGACUUUAACUCAGGAGGAAGCGGAAGAUUUCUAUGCUGAACAUAGGGGGAAAGACUUCUUUGAACCUCUUGUGCGAAACAUGUGCAGUGGUCCAGUUAUGGCGUUGUGUCUCGCGAGAGAGGAUGCGGUGGAAGGAUGGAGGAAUCUGUUAGGACCCAAGGAAGUCGAUGUUGCGAAGUCGGAAGCACCAGAAAGUUUCCGUGCGCAGUUCCACGUGGACGAGAGCGAUAUGAACCCGCUGCAUGGCUCUGAAUCACAUUCUGCCGCCCGGAGGGAGAUUGAGAAGAUAUUCCCAGUCGAGACGACUGUUGCUGUUAUCAAACCUGAGACAGCCGAAGAAAGUGCAGAACAAAUCGUGGACCGUAUCAAAGAGGCAGGAUUUCGAAUCAUUUCCCGGAAGGAUGUUGGUUUGACGAAGGAACUCGCAGGGCAGUUUUAUCACGAACACGAAGGAAAAGACUUUUUCAACGGACUCACUGAUUACAUGAGCAGUGGUCAGAGCACAGUUUUGCUUUUGGAAAGAGAGGAUGCGGUCACAGGAUGGAGAGCCAUGAUGGGUCCAACAGAUCCCGAGGAGGCAAGAGAGAAAGCGCCAGACUCUAUCCGCGCUGUAUUCGGCAAAGACAUCUGUAGAAAUGCGGUGCACGGUGCGUCGAACUUGGACAAAGCUGGACAAGUCAUCGACGAAUUGUUUCCCGAGGUGGAGCUCCUGCCAAAUGGCAAAACCAUAGUGUCUCCUCAAAUUCCGACGUCUGAAGGGAAUGCAUUAAGUGAGAACCAGGAACGCGACCAGAAUAACUUGCAAGACGGUGAAACGCAGGGCACUGAAGAGGGAGCUGCAGAUGGCGGUGUCCAAGGAGAGAAGGACGGUGGUGAACGUACAGAGGCUGGAGAACAACAGCUGGAUGGUGAUGGAAACAUGACUAAGGAAGAUGAUGGUGCACAAGGUGAGGCUGAUGGUACGCCCAGAAGUGAUGGCACCACAGGUGAUGAUGCACCAACUGCUGGUACAACAAACACUGAGAGUGUUACUAAAGAGAAGGAGGAUAGUACAACUGAUGCUAUCGUUGAUUCAGCUGUUGCUGAUGGUGCUGCAGAAACCACUCCAGAUGUUACUGGUAGUAGUGAGACUGCUAAUCAAGACGGCGAUACCAAGCCAGAUGAUGGUGCCACUACUAAAAACACCAAAGAUUCCACCGCGGUUCAAAAGACUGACGAGAGCACGACAAUAGAUGAUAAUGCAACGACUGACAGCAAGGUUGGAGAAGAAGCAACAACAGAUGGUACCACUCCAACACAGAACGAAGGCAGCGGUGAUGGCCAAAACACACAUGAUGCCACAACAGAUGAACAACCAAGUAGCGCAUUAAAACCAGGUCAAGAUGAUCCAUCAAAACCAGAUCAAGAUGAUCCAGCUGAUCUAUCAAAGGUAGAUCAAGAUAAUCCAACAAAAACAGACCAAGAUGAUCCACCAAAACCCGAUCAAGAUCCACCUGCUACCACAAAAGAUGAUCCUGAAGCAGUUCAACAAACUUGAGUGAAAUAAUGAUAGCAAACGUUCGUAAAUAAAUAAAACCAGGUGUAAAUAGUGCAGCGAAAUAUUUAUUCACAUUAUUAAUAUAUUUUUAAAAGAGAAU